AUGAAUUUAUUAAUUAUAUCAAGAAAAUAUUUAUUGAUUAUUAAAGUGGUUGAGGCGAAUCGAUUAGAAGAUCCAUUCAUCACUGAAGUUGACAAUAGUAAUAAUAAUAAUGAUAAUAAUAAUGGUAAUGAUAACAAUCGACACUUUAAUCCACCAUUGUAUAAACUUGAGUCAUAUCAUCUUCACAAUAGGCCUAUUUCAUCGAAUAAUAUCGGCCCACCGUUGAACUUUUUUACUUCUUCGUCAGUGUCUUCUUCUGCCUCAAGUCAACAAGAAUAUCUACCGAUUACUGAAUUAGUCAAUUUAUCUUAUCCAUCAGCUGUACAUGAAAAUAAAUGGAAUGCUUAUUUAAAUAGUGUAAAUAAUCAAUAUAUCAAUAAUAGUAGGCGUAGUAGUAGUCGUAUUAGCAAUAAUCAAUCAUAUCGAACUUCCAUUUCAAAUAAUUCAUUCGAUCCAUUAUCUGCAUCCCCACCUCCAGAGUCAUUAUCAUCAUCAUCACUAGGCAUAGAAUCGACGAUUAAAUCUGAUCUGGCUUAUGCUCAUUUAACCGGUGAAUCGAGAACAGAACAAAUUCUUAAGCAUAUUCUAACAAAUUAUAAAUCCCAUCAAAGACCAAAUGAGAAUUCGCUAGAUCCCACGAUAGUUACCGUGAAUAUGCAAAUUAUUGAUAUCUCUUCGAGUAAUGUAGUCCGUAUGGAAUAUACCAUGAAUUGUUAUCUACGUCAACAAUGGAUUGAUCCCCGACUAGCCUGGGAAGCAAAUCCUGUGCUGAAUAGUUCAGUGAGUAAUCUCCUGUUGAAUCAACAAAAAAAGCAACUAUGGUUACCAGAUUUAUUUUUUCGUAAUGGAAAAUCUGGUUUCUUACAUCAUAUAUCCCAACCAAAUUUUUUGUUGAGAGUUAAAUCCAAUGGACAAGUGUUAUAUAGUCAAAAAAUUACUAUGGUAUUAGCAUGUCAAAUGUAUUUGAAAAAUUUCCCUAUGGAUAGACAAGAAUGUACUGUGGAUAUAGGCUCAUAUGGAUAUACAAUAGAUCAGUUGAAAUUUAUAUGGCAUCAUGAAAAACCUGUGACUAUAUCAGAUGAAUUACAAUUGUUAGAAUUUGAAAGACCACAAAAAACAUUCACGACGGUAAGUCAAUAA